GAAACUGGGGCAAAGCGUUUUAUGCGCGCUCUCUCUCUCUCUCUAUUAUAACAAAGCCAGGCUGAAUCUCAAUCCAAAAGCUCCCCUUUCUUCCCGGUUCAUAGUAUUCCUUCCGCCUAAUUUUAGCUGUUUUUGUUAUUAGUAAUCAUUGUAAAUCUUCUUCGUUCUCUGUAAUUUUGUAGGAUUAGGGUUUAUUCUGGUGCUCUCUUGUACAAUUUUAGUGUUCAGUGGGGUUUCUUUUUGUAAUCUUCAUGUUGAUUUUGUCCGAACGUGUCGCUGGUUGGAACAAAGGUUAUUGAGAUGUUGUCGAAUUGUUUUCUUUCAUUUGUUUUCGUUUUUGUAUCGAGGAUGUAAUUGCAGAGAAUUGGAAUUAGAUUAGGUUUAGGAUUAGGGUUUUGGUUUAUUUCGCUUUUGCUGAUGGAAAUGGAGAGCUCGCGGAGACCUUUCGAUCGAACGAGGGAACCGGGUUUGAAGAAGCAGCGACUGGCCGAUGAGGCUGAGCGCGGUGGGAACAUUAAUGGCCGGCCGUUUCCGCAGAGACCAAUUGGUUCGGGGACCAAUAUUGUGCAACCCAGAUUUCGAGCAAGUGAUAGAGAUUCGGGAAGCAGUGAUUCUGGUCGAGGGGGGUAUCAGCCUCAACCACUGCAGCAUCAGGAGCUUGUCAGCCAAUACAGAACAGCCCUUGCUGAGCUGACUUUCAAUUCGAAACCAAUCAUCACCAAUUUGACCAUAAUCGCGGGUGAAAAUCUCCAGGCUGCAAAAGCCAUCUCUGCCACCGUUUGCGCCAACAUUCUCGAGGUUUCCAGUGAGCAGAAGCUACCAUCACUUUAUCUAUUGGACAGUAUUGUGAAGAAUAUUGGAAGAGACUACAUAAAAUACUUUGCAGCAAAGCUGCCCGAGGUAUUCUGCAAAGCUUAUAGGCAAGUUGACUCUCCUGUACAUACAAGUAUGAGACAUCUUUUUGGCACCUGGAAAGGAGUGUUUCCUCCUCAAACACUGCAGGUUAUCGAGAAAGAACUUGGCUUCAUAACCAACAGUGGUUCUUCUUCUGGGACCAUAUCCUCAAAGCCAGAAUUGCAUUCACAACGUCCACCCCAUAGUAUCCAUGUAAAUCCCAAGUAUAUAGAGAGACAACGGCUUCAACAGUCGGGCAGGGUGAAAGGAAUGACUAGUGACGCUACUAUUGCAACUACAAAUGUAACUCAGGAUGUUGCCCAAGCCAAAAUUAGCACUGGACGUCCAUGGGCAGAUGCUUCAAUUAAAGUGCAUGACAUUCAGCGUCCACUUAGAGAUGCACCAAAUGAUAUAGCACAAGAGAAGAACAUCACGGCUGCAUAUGCAGAUUAUGAAUAUGGUUCCGAUCUUUCAAGGACUCCAGGUAUCGGAAGAAGGGCUGUUGAUGAAGGGCGAGACAAACCCUGGUCUACAACUGGUAGCAAUUUGGCAGAGAAGUUAUCUGGCCAAAGAAAUGGGUUCAACAUCAAGCUUGGAUAUGAAAAUUAUCCUGCACCCAGGUCUGCAAACACUGGUGCACGUCUACUGCCCACACAAAAUUUUUCAAGCAGCAGCAGCAACCGAGGAUUGUCUACUAACUGGAAGAACUCUGAGGAAGAGGAGUUUAUGUGGGGUGAAAUGAACUCUAUGUUGACAGGUCAUGGUGCAUCUGCCAUUGCCAGUAGCAUUGGGAAAGAUCAAUGGACUCCUGAGGAUUCAGAUAAUUCGGGUAUUGAAAAUAAGCUAUUAAGUUUACGAGAUACUGGGGGAAGUGUUGAUAGAGAAGCUUCCAGUGAUUCACAAUCAUCUGAGCAGAGAGAACUGGGGGAUUCUGGACAGCAAAGGUCAUCAAUGUGGCAAGUGCAGGAGCCAUUAUCUCUGGAUGGGCUGAGAGGCGGGAUUCCUAAAAAGAAUUCAGCUCAGUCAGGAGGAUAUGGUGCCACUCUUACUGCCCUGUCAGGUGGUAACUCUUCUGUGGAUCAAAUGGGAGGUCGACCACAAAUUACAUCGUCGAAUAUUGGAGCUUCAGGACAUGAAUUUCUGAACAAGGGAGGUUCAGGGUCCAUUGGGACUGUAGGCCAGCAAAUAUUUCCAUCACGAAAUGUUGCAUUCGCAUCUGGACAGCCACCCUUGCAUCAACGUCCCCCUUCACCAUUGUCAGUGGAUCAUAUUCCUCAUCAAAUGCCCAACCAUAAAACUUCUUCAUUUUCUAAUCUUGACCCACGUAAAAGGCAUUUACAGGAUGCUUCCCUUGGUCGGCAUCCCAACGUUCAGUCAGAUAACCUUAAAAAACCACAGCCUCAGGACCGUCAAGCUGCAGCCUCCCCCAUACCUACUUCUCAACCCAGGCAGCCGUUCUCUUUAUCUGAGUCACUAAAACCUGAUGUUAGGCAGUCCGAACUUUCAAGACAGCAUGCAGUAUCUAUUCCAGGCACUGAUUUUGGACCUCCUUCAUCAGCUGGGACAGUUCCAGUUCGUUUACCUGCAGAAAUUUUGGGAGAGACAAGCACUAGUAGUUUGUUGGCUGCUGUAAUGAAGAGUGGAAUUUUUUCCAACCAUUCAAUAGCCAGUAGCAUGCAGCAGAAUAUCAGCUUCCAAGAUGCAGGAAAUAUGCAACCCCAUUCAAACGUCAAACCUCAACUACCAAGCCAGUCUUCUCCUGCCCAUACUCAGACGACAUUCUCAGAGCCAAAGACUGCGGGAGAAUCUUCAUUAGGUCCUCUUGAAAGCCCGUCAGCUCUGGUUAAGCUAUCUCAAACUAAGGUAGAAGAUACUCCGUUGCCAUCUGAUCCACCUUCACCCUCAUCUCCUAUGAAUAGUGCAUCCACGGAAACUUCAAAUGUGGUAAACGACUCUUCUACCCCAAUUUCUAACCUUUUGAGCUCAUUGGUUGCAAAGGGCCUUAUAUCUGCUUCAAAAGGAGAGUUAACAAAUAGUGCGACUUCCCAAAUGACUGCGCAGCCUGAAAAUUUGAAGUUAGGUGAUGCUGUGACAUGUUCUGUACCAGUUCCUUCCAUCCCCGUUACUUCUUCCAGUCAAUCAUCUACGAUACUUGAAUCAUCUUCAAAAGCUGCUGCUAAGAGCUCCACUAGUCCACCUCCAUAUGCCACAACUGAGAUAACCAACCUCAUAGGCUUUGAAUUUAGUUCACAUGUUAUUCGAAAAUUUCAGCCAUCUGUGAUCAGUGGACUCUUUGACGAUAUUCCAUAUCAAUGUAAGAUCUGUGGUCUGAGACUGAAACUUGAAGAACAGUUGGAUACACACUUGCAGUGGCACACGUUAAGAACUGAGGCAAACAAUUCAAAUAGGGCACCAAGAAGAUGGUAUCCAAGUUCAGAUGAUUGGAUUUCUGGAAAUGAUAUACUCUUACAUGAUGCUGCCACUUCUCCGGACAGGUGUGACAUGAUGGAAGAAGUUAAUGAGCCAAUGGUACCUGCAGAUGAAGAUCAUUUGGUCUGUGUUUUAUGUGGUGAACUUUUUGAAGAUUUUUAUAGUCAUGACUUGGAUAAGUGGAUGUUCAAAGGAGCAAUGUAUAUCACCAUCCCAUCAGCGGUUAGUGAGAGAGGAAGCACAAUUGAACAAGUUGCUAGAGGACCCAUCGUUCACACAAAAUGUAUAACUGAAAGUUCACUACAUGACUUGGGACUGGCAACUGAUAUUAAGAUGGAAAUGGAUGUAUGAUGCUUCCACUGCAAAACGUCAUAGAGGAACAACUCUGGUGGAACGUCCUGCUCAUGCAAUCGGCGGGGUUACGAAAAGGGAGUAUGAGUACGAGUGCUUCGCUUUUGAUAGUUUUGUUGAGUGCCAAAAAAGAUUAUAGGGGAGUGGUAGCUCUAUACUGGUAUUUUCUAGCUUCCAAAUUCCUUUUUGUUUUCCUUCUGUUUUUUGCCUACAAAAGAUAUAUAGUUGAGAAUACAUCAAUGCAAUGAUCAUUUUUAUUCAGAUCUUGACCGUCUUGUGCGAAUUUUCACUUAACAUCAAUAUCUGCUGUUAUAAAUCUGAAGCAGUGCACCUCUAGUCCUGGCUGCUUCGCAUCUCUAUCGACGACGAACUAGCAAAGUGGUUUUGAUUCACCAUUACUUAUUUUUCCCUGUAACUUUCCCUUCUCUUGGCUCUGCGUAGACAGUAAUGGAGAGUUGUUUAGGAUUCUCCAGCUCUUGAGAAGGGUCUGGAUAUGACUAUGAUGAUGUUGGAUUUUGCUUCUAUCAUUUGCCCCCCCACCUUGUUUGGCUGAUUGGACAAGCUUGGCAUGGCAGAUAUCGUUAUACUUAUGGCAGAUUUAUUACAAUAAUUGUAUUCAACAAUCAUGAACUGUGGAAUUAUGAGAACAUUUGUGUUUGGAU